GAAGUCGAACUCGCCACUAUACAUAUUUCCAGUUCAUUUUUUCUUCUUACAGGAAAAAACAGAUGCCCUCUCUCCUCCCGCAAAUCUCAAAGCCCGAAGCAAAAAUAUCUUCCAGUUUUCUUCGCUGUCCAAAUCUCCCCUCGAGCGAGAAUGGCUGCGGCGCUUCUCUUAACCAACCUUGCGCUUCUCCUCCCUGAAGCCUAUUUGCCAUCUAGGAAACGAGAUCCGCCAUUAAUAGUGACGACGAGUACGACGGCAGAGAGGCGUCGGCCUGAAGCCGCGGUAUCCAAGUUCUAUCUUCCAUCCCUCCUCGCCACCGGAGGAGAGACGUCUCAUCCAACACCGCCGCUGCCGAUUCACCGCCGUAAGAAAACCAAGCUGGGUCCGGCCGCUGCUUCCUCUUCCUCACCUUCACCGCCUUCCGGUGGUGGUGGCGGGGGUGAUUGGGAACAAGAGCUUCUCAAUCGGCUCAAGGAACUGGAAGAUAUGAAGGAGCUUGAGAGGCGCGCUGAGGAGCUUCAGAGCCCUAGUGCCCCUGACGCUGCUGAAGAGGAGGGCGACGGGGGCGGCGAGGACGAGAGCGAGGAGGAAAAGCGCGAGCGCGUCCGUCGUGAGCUCGAGAAGCUGGCCAAGGAGCAGGCGGAGCGGAGGGAGACGGCCAAGUUAAUGUUUGAGCUGGGACAGAAGGCAUAUGGCAAGGGCAUGUAUUCCAGGGCCAUCGAAUUUUUAGAAGCAGCUCUCACCAUUAUCCCUAGGCCAACACUCUUUGGUGGAGAGAUUCAAAUUUGGCUUGCAAUGGCUUAUGAGGCCAACAAUAGACACAGGGAUUGCAUUGCUCUCUAUCAACAAUUAGAGAAGAAGCACCCUAGUGUUAGCAUCAGACGCCAAGCUGCGGAGCUUCGGUAUAUUUUGCAAGCACCAAAGCUCAAGAUAUCUGAGGAUGAGAUGGUCACAAUUCCACUAAUUGGCUCUAGUUAUGACAGAUACGCCGGAACCUGGAGCGACAAAUAUAAAGAUGGGGGUCAGGGAAAAAAGUUUGUUAGCACUACAAACCAACUUCCAUCAUCGAGGGACUUCUUGGGCGACUUCAUGGUGUGGAGACCCCCAGUUGGAUUAGAGAAGAAUCCUGCCUUCUGGACUCUGCUUGCUUUUUGGAUGGGUUUGGUAGGAACUGCCUUUCUGCUGCAAAGAUAG